CUCUUGCCACUAUCCCAAACACUAAUCCCUCGUCUUCUUCCCCAACCCCCAACCCCAAGCUCACACGCACAUAGUGGUGCGGUGCUCUCUCCUUCUCUCCAAUGCGAGGAGCUCCCGAAGGUCGCGAACGCUGAAGCCAUGGACGUCGCUACAGGAAUCCCUAGACGCGCCGCGCAUCCCGUUUCCGUUCUCGUGCUCCUCCUCCUCCUAGCCGCCGCCGCACCGGCCGCCCACGGCGGCUCCGCGGCCGUGAACGGCGACCGCCUCCGCGCGGAGCAGAUCCGGAAGCAGGCCUCUGACGCGGCCGCCUCCGCCGCCGCCCUCGCAGCGGCCUCCCGCCGCCUCCACCUCGACCGCGCGCGCCACCUCCGCCUCCUGUCCUCCCUCCACCGCAACCUCACCUCUACGCUCCAGGAACUAGGCGCCGCCUCCGCGUCCGCGUCCGAGCCGGCGUCCCAGGGCGAUCAGGUGCGCCGCCUCGACCUCCAGGCCAAGGACCUGAUCCGCGCCGCCCGGGCAGCCAUCGCCGACGCCAAGCCGCUGUUCGACCCGCAGCUCAAGAUCCAGCGCCUCAAGGACGCAAUCUUCGCGCAGAACGAGCUGCUCGCGCGCGCCAAGAAGCGCGGCGCGUUCGCCUCCCUCAUCGCCGCCAAAUCCAUACCCAAGCCACUCCACUGCCUCGCUGUCCGCCUCACCGCCGAGCGGAUCGCGCUGCCCGACAAGUUCGCGGACCCGGUGCCGCCGCCAGCUGCACUAGAGGACGCCUCACUGUUCCACUACGCCAUCUUCUCCGAUAAUGUGCUCGCCGCCUCCGUUGUGGUCCGCUCCGCCGUGGCCAACUCGGUGGACCCCUCAAAGCACGUCUUCCACGUAGUCACCGACCGGAUGAACCUCGGAGCCAUGCAGGUGAUAAUCUGCCUAAUGGACUUAAAAGGUGCACACUAUGAGGUUAAAGCGUAUGAAGAUUACAAAUUUCUUAACUCCUCCUAUGUUCCUGUGCUCCGGCAACUGGAGUCUGCAAACCUCCAGAAAUUCUAUUUUGAGAAUAAGCUUGAGAAUGCCACCAAAGAUGCUAGUAAUAUGAAGUUUAGGAAUCCAAAGUAUCUCUCAAUGCUUAACCACUUGCGAUUCUACUUGCCUGAGAUGUACCCAAAGCUGCAGCAGAUUCUUUUCCUGGACGAUGAUGUUGUGGUACAGCGAGAUCUUACAGGAUUGUGGAAGAUUGACAUGGAUGGCAAGGUGAAUGGAGCAGUAGAAACGUGUUUUGGAUCGUUUCAUCGGUAUUGGCAGUAUAUGAACUUCUCGCACCCCCUUAUCAAAGAGAAGUUUAAUCCUAAUGCAUGUGGAUGGGCUUACGGCAUGAAUUUCUUCGAUCUUGAUUCUUGGAGGAGGGAGAAAUCUACUGAGCAGUACCAUUACUGGCAGAAUCAUAACGAGAACCGUACACUAUGGAAGUUGGGAACAUUGCCUCCGGGUUUAAUCACAUUCUACUCGACGACAAAGCCUCUGGACAAAUCUUGGCAUGUUCUUGGGCUGGGAUACAAUCCAAGCAUCAGCAUGGAAGAGAUUAGAAACGCUGCUGUCGUGCAUUUUAAUGGUAAUAUGAAGCCCUGGCUGGAUAUUGGUAUGAACCAGUUCAGGCACCUUUGGACAAAAUACGUUGAUUAUGGCGAUUCCUUCAUUCGUCAGUGCAAUUUCGCACCACCAUAGAAGGAGCGCAUUGCCUUGCUUCUAUAGAAACUGAAGAAGAUCGGGGACAAGAGCUAGAGAGCACUGCAGCAGGAUCACAUGUGUGCUGUCGUACAAUUUCUGUGGUAUUCCAAGACGGUCCAAGACGUUUGGAAAAUAGAAGUAUAGUACUGAGGCGGCAAAUUAUUCUUUCUAGGUCAUGUUGUACUACAUCAUUGGUUGAGUCACGUUGUUAAUACUGUUCACAGCAUGAAAUGUAUUUUCAUCCCGUCUGUAAUAAUCUUGUGUGUGUCCCCCGAGUAGUGUUAUGUUUAUACGUGGAUACUAAAACCGAAUUGUCUAUGAUGUGUUUAUUCUCCACCCUAGAACAUCGUUCUUAUCACGCACCUGUUUUAUGUACAGGUCUGGUUGUGCAU